CAGACCAACACCUCCUCUCCACAAGGCGCACUCCACACCCGGCGCAACCCCGCCCUGCCCGGCAUGUCGACGCCGCGCGCCACGGGCGCGCAGCCCGCCGUGCUGCGCCUGCACGACCGCUGCCAGAUCGCCAAGCUCGGCCUCGGCGAGGUGCUCUUCGUGGGCCAGACGGCCUUCGCCGCCGGCGUUUGGGUCGGCGUGCAGCUCGACGAGCCCAAUGGCAAGAACAACGGCGUCGUGCAGGGCAAGCGCUACUUUGACGCCGCCGAUGGCCACGGCGUCUUCGUGCGCGCCAGCCAGGUGCACGUCAUCGGCCACGUAGAGAGCGACGACGAGGCGCUCGAGGAGCUGUACAGCGAGCACGAGGAGUCGCAGAUGGACGAGCAGGAGCUCAUGCCGCCGCCGCCCGCGCCUGUGCGCACGCCUGUCAGCCCAGUGAAGCGACCGGCACCUGUGUCCCGCAUGUCCUCGGCCACAUCGACGACGAGCCGCCCGCGCUCGUCGCUCGCGCCGCCUCGGGUCACAUCGCCUCUCAAGCCGGGCGCCGCCCGCGCCGGCUCCACGAUAAGCGGCGCGGUCAGUCCGCUGAAGCGCGCGGCCUCUUCCGCUGCCUCGUCCUCGUCGGGAGUGUACCACUCUGGCCAGAGCCGCACCUCGACGCCCUCGGCUGCGACGGCCCGUGCGCUGAGACCUGGCACCCAGCCUGCCGCGGCUCCACGAGCUGCAGCCGGCACCGACAGGACUGCCGCGGCCUCGGCGAGAAGCGUCGAUGCGACAACUGCGCGUGCCGCGCUGCGUCCUGUGCCGCGCACUCGCCCGUCGAUGGCGCCUGGCGGUGCCUCAGAGAUUGCCUCUCCGGCUCGGCCGGCGCUGUCGCGUGCCCACACCGGUGUGCCUGCUGCCAGCACGCCCGUGGCCCGUACACAGAGCCGCGCGGGAUCAGCACUGGCCAUCGCACCGAGGACGCCGGCUGCACGGCUUGCGGCAGCGACUGCGUCGAGGCAGACGCAGAAGACGCUCUCGGCGCGGCGGCAGAGCCGCGACGAAGACUCCGAGAGUCUGAUGGACGCCAGCUUGGACGACGCUUCACCCGGCGCUGUCCUCUCGGACCAUGACGACGAGCUGUCGCCGUCGGCUCGUCGCGCAGCUCUCAGCGCGAGCACCAGCGGGAUCGGCAAGCGUGACCACAUGUCUCUUGCCAGCACGGGCAAGCGACCCGCAGGCGCCGUAGAGGUGGGCGCGCUUCAGCGCGAGGUCGACGAACUCAAGGCGACGGCGCGUGUGCUAGAGAAGCAGCGCGACGAAGACCGGGAUCGACUGCGCCAGAUGGAAGCUGUGCGUCAGGAGAAUGAGGAGCUUGCGUCGCUGAAGGCCAAGAUGCUCACGAAACAACAAGAGCUUCAGAUCCAGGUCAGGGACCUCUACCAGGCAGAGAAGGACUGGGAGUCGGAGCGCGAGUCUCUGGAGCGCCAGCUGCAAGAGUUCACCGACCAGGUCGAGAUGUCCAUUCUCGACAAGGAGAUGGCGGAGGAGCGCGCAGAAGCGCUCAAGGAAGAGCUCGACGCUGAGCGCGAGCGUGUGGAGGAGCUCACGAUGGACGUCGAAGUGCUGACCGCCGAGAAAGCGCUGCUCGAGGCCGAGGGCGUGCCAGAGGAGCGUUCCGCCCCUGCUGCAGCUGGCGACACCUCCGAGAGCGGCGAGAAGGUCGGACGUGCGCCGGGCUACGUUCAGCUGGAGAAGCAGAACGAGCGCCUCAAGGAGGCCCUCUGGCGACUGCGCGACCUCACGAGCGAGACGGAGGGCGAGCAGAAGCGCCGCAUCUCCGAGCUCGAGAAGGAGCUCUUCCUGCUCGAGGACCUGCAGCAGCGCUUCGAGACCGUCUCGUCGCGUCUCGAGGGCGCCAACGAAGUCAUCGAAGACCUCAAGGAGCAGCUCGACGAUGCGCUGAGCACCGAGGAGAUGCUCGUGCAGCUGACCGAUCGCAACCUGACGCUGUCGGAAAAGCUCGAGAAGAUGAAGGCCUCGCUGCAGGACGCUGAGGCGCACGAGGAGGUCGCCAACGAGCUGGAAGAGGCACACAUCGAGACUGAGCGCCAGCUGCAGGAGGAGGUCGACCUUAAGGACUUUCAGCUGCGCGAGCUGCACGCGCGCAACGAGCUGCUCGAGGCCAACAUCGCCGACAACGAGCGCAUGCGCCUGCAGUUCCGCGAGCUCAUCGUCAGCCUACAGAGCGAGAUCGACGCCGUGCGGGCGCAGCAGCGCGCUGCGCAGGAGGAGGGUGGCACGCCCGGCGAGGAGGGCCCGGGCGGCCUGGCGAACCAGAGCCAGGCCAUGCUUAACCUCAGCAUGAAGCUGCAGUCGUCUGCGCUCAAGUCGCAGGCCAAGACGAUCGAGCUCGAGCUGGGCCGCCUCGAGGCCUCGCAGGCCAUUGCGCACCUCGACAUGACGCGUGCCUACCUGCCGGCGGCGUACUUCGAGGCCGAUGCCGACGCCGUCAAUGCCCUGCUCUUCUUCCAGCGCAUGGCACACAAGUCGGAGUUGAUCCGCACGAUUGUGGAGGGCAACUACGACAUCGCCGGCGCGCUCGCCAGCGUUGUGCCGGAGCACCUCAUUGGCAUCUGCCAGAUGCGCAACAGCCUGGCGCACUUCACGGCCGUGUCGCGCCAGAUCGUCGGCGUGCUCAAGCUCGCGCCGGUGCAGACGUUCCUCAAGGCCGGCCGCAGCUACCGCGAGUACGAGCGCAUCGAGCGCCGCAUCGACCAAUUCAUCUACUCGCUGCGCCACGAGGACCUCAAGGAGGCCGAGUGCGGCAGCGAGUUCGCGGCCUUCGUCAAGGAGGUGGAGCACUUCUCGCUCAACCUCAGCGGCGAGACCGAGGCGGACCUGGCCGCGCGCGAGGUCGGAGCGGCCCAGCUGAUCGACCUCGACCUCGACACUCUGAUCGCCGCGCUGGGCUUCACCAAGCAGACGCUCGCCGCGCUGUACAAUGAGGAGGAGACCGAGUGGGAGCUCGGUGGCAAGACACUCGACGACGACGUCUUUGCGCCACUGCAAGAGCUGAUCAACAACGCGCGUUCUACCAAGGUGCCGACGCGCAAGCUGCUGCGCCGUCUGACGAGCCUGUACGACAACGAGGAGGCCGUGCGGAUCGAGGUGAUCAUGGGCUUGCCGCCGCUCGGCGGCAUCGGCUCGGCUCUCGUCGUCUUCGCCAAGGCACUGGCGCGCUCCGUCGCUGCCUACACCUCGGAGGUCCGCACAACCAAGGCGCCCUUCGUGAUGAGCACAUUCAUCGGCUUCGUCGCCGACGCUCUCCGCGACGGCGACAUGGAGCCGGGCAGCGACGACCAGAUCUGGGACAAGGCACUGUCUUCUUCUGCGCACUUGUCAUCCGCCAUCCCGCCGAUCCUUGCCGCAUCUCUGGAGCAGGAGAACGUCAAGAAGGUCCUUGGCUCGCAGCCGUGGCUGCUGCGCGUCGAGGACAUCAAGGCCGAGGCUGCGCACAACGUCGACGCCGAGCGCCAGAUCGCGAAGCUCAAGGAGGAGCUCCGCGAGGCCCUGCUGCAGAUCAACGCGCGAGAGCAGAAGCUGCAGGAGGGCGCCAUCAAGCUCGAGCGGCUGCAGAAGCAGGUUGACCGCACGAAGGAGCAGGCAGACGACCUCUCGCGCCUCACGCAGGAGCUCUCCGAGACACAGCGGCGGCUCAAGGAGUACCAGGCAGUGCACGAGUCCCUGCAGGCCGACCUGGAGGCGUCGGAGCGCAAGAACGCCACUCUGACACAGGCCAGCGCCAAGUCGGCCGCGAGCACGGCCGGCGAGGCCCAAAGCGGCGAGCGCGCCGGCGGCGACGAGGACGCUGCAGCCGCCGCAGGACUGCAGCGAGGCUACUCCUCUGCCGCAUCGUUCGAGAGUGGCUACCUCGCAGAGCAGCUCGAGGCCACGCGCAACGUCCUGUCGGUGGUCCGCGCUGAGAACUGCUAUCUCAAGAGCGCCGGCAUGCUGCAGCAGCUCGAGGCACUGCCCGUGCUGCCGAGCGCACCGCUCAAGCCAUCAAACGCCGAGGACGACGCCGAGGCCGGCACGCCACGACCGCGCCGGGCCGCAGAGUCCAGCGCACCAGUGUCGGCGGUGCGCGAGAGCAAGACGCUGUACGCCGAAUUGCUGCGCCUAGCCGCCUCGCCGCGCGUCAUCACGCUCCCUCGCGUUGCCCCAGCACCCGCCGAUGGAUCGGCAGCAGCUCCAGUGCGCACCUGGCGUCGCCUUGCCGCACAGCCGCGCUCGCAGCUCGCGGCGCAGCAGCGCGAGCGUCUCGAGUUGCAGGCGCGCAUCGAGCGUCUCGCCGACUCGGUGCGCAGCGCCCGGCGUGCCCCACGCGGCUCGGACGCGGCCGCCGGCGAGGGCCGCCAAAGCGCCGAUCUCCUUGCGCGACUCCCGACCGUUCCCCUGUUGGCCCAGUGACCUUUCUGCGGCCCGAGCGAACAUAUACCCUAUGCCCGCCUCUGUAUUUGUACCCGCACCUUCCGCUGAGAACACGCGUUGUGCCAUCAU